GUUUUAUGAUAUCUAUACUUUGAAAGAGGACAACAGGCAGAACAUGCAUUAUUCAACGUUAUAAAAUGUUUUAUUUUCCACCUGUAAAAUGACUACAGACCUCAUGAAAUUAUACUUAACUCUCAGCCAGAAUUUUUUUUUCUAUUUUUAUUUUAUCAUUAUUUUCGUUAUAGGUAGUCCAUUUUAUAAUCAGUAGAUACAUUUUGCACAAUGCUGGUGCUUGUAUCACCAUAAGCAUGAUGCUGUUGCAAACAUCAUUUUGUAUUUGACUUUACAAUCGUGGUUAUUACUGAUCAGUGACACAAUGCAGAGACCUCUACGUACACUUCCAUUGGGGGGAAAACUGAAACAAAUGAUUUUUCAUUAGGCUCCUUACAGCACGAACAUUCGUGUGAGUCAAGCAGUUAUUAUUUAACUGUAACCUGUAGCCUACACGUCUUUAUUGCAGCCUAGGUAAGAACAGGCGCGUCCUUUCUGGGACAGGACAGAUGGGUGGUGGAAGAGGUGUUAUGCGGUCAUAUCCAGCUCCUCCCUGUACCUCGCUAAGCACCGUGUGGCAGGCUCACAUUUGAUCUCUAAGCACGCAAAGGCAGACUGUGAGAUUUGCUUUCGCCGAUAAUUCCCUGGCCUCGGACUUUCUCUCACCGACAAGACAAACACAGCGGUAAACGAUCUAUUUGAUUUUCGUUAACUUUCUUUUACUUUUGGGAUCUCUAAAUGCUCCUUUUUAUUCACUGGCUUGACUGAACGCCACGAGAGAUUGGAAAGUCCUCCGACUUGCAUCUUCAAGCGAGGAACUAUUAUGAGGAAACCUUUGGGGACUCCAGAUCCUGUCAGGAGCCGAGGACCCUGCAGUUGUAUUUCAAAGUAAGCGGCUGCACCAUGUGCACAGGGCCCUAGGCCUGAAGCCACACCUGUUGGAGUUACACCAGCUCUCCCCUGCCCCCCCCCCCCCCCUCAUCAUGGUUCUCUGCGGCAGCACAGACAUGGGCCAGUACGAGGCCCUCCGGAACCCCCGGCAUAUGAGAUGUCACCGGCACCACAUGCGCAGAAAAUUCAGGCCAUCCCGCAUCCUGGGAUUCGUCCUGAGUAUGGUAGCGUUGGGAGUGGUCAUCUUAUGGAGUGCCUUGAGGGGGACACUAGUGCCCUCACACCAGAACUGGCUUUCCGGUUCAUCUUCCUCUUCCUCGUCUUCCUCCUCCUUGUCUGAUGCCAGCCUAUUGUUGGAGACAGCGCCACACAGAACCCUGCUCUCCAGCAAACACCACGCCAACACCACUGCCUCGCCUGAUGACCAUCCCAUUGCCAUGCGCUCAUCGGAUGAGGGAGGGGACUAUCCCACUGACCUGUUCUCCCUGGAGCAGAGGAGAGAAGGCUGGGUGGUGCUGCAUAUGUUUGGGAUGUUGUACAUGUUCAUCUCCUUAGCUAUCGUGUGCGACGAGUUCUUCGUGCCGGCGCUGACCGUCAUCACCGAGAAGCUGGAGAUCUCAGACGAUGUGGCCGGGGCCACCUUCAUGGCAGCCGGAGGCUCCGCCCCCGAGCUCUUCACCUCUGUCAUCGGGGUCUUCGUCUCCCACAGCAACGUGGGCAUCGGCACCAUCGUGGGCUCGGCCGUCUUCAACAUCCUGUUUGUCAUCGGGAUGUGUGCCAUCUUCUCCAGGGAGAUCCUCAACCUCACCUGGUGGCCCCUCUUUCGGGACGUGUCCUUUUACAUCAUAGGCCUGAUCAUGCUCAUCAUCUUCUUCUUGGAUAACUACAUCUCCUAUUUUGAAAGCAUUGGCCUGCUCUCGUGCUACAUAUCCUAUGUGACCUUUAUGAAGUUCAAUGCUUCGGUCGAGGAAAAGGUCAAGGGCUUGUUGGGCCAGAACCAAGUGGAUGAGCUGGAUUCUGCACCCAAGUUGGAGUCCGAUUCAUUACUUUCUGAAGUUAUAUGCAAUCCGUCAUACGGAGCACAGGACCCAGAACCUUCGAGUGAUGAAAACAAGCUUUCGGCCAAGCCCCGGCUGCAGAGAGGGGGAAGUUCUGCGUCCUUACACAACACCAUGAUGAGGAACAGCGUCUUCCAGCUCAUGAUCCACACUCUGGACCCGCUCAGUGACGAUGCACCUCAGGGUCAAUUGGAUGAAACUGAAAUACAAGGGAGAUUCAAGGAGAAAGCCUCUAUAAUGCACAAAAUAGCCAAGAAGAAAGGCGAAGGCGAAGGUGAAGAUAGCAACGGUGUGGAUAAAAAUCUCCCCAACAGCUCCAAUGUAGCAGUGGAGGUCACCCCACCCAUGAAUGGCAGUAUAGGUGGAGAAGGGGAGGAGGAGGAGGAGGAUGAGGACCAGCCCCUGAGUUUGGCAUGGCCGGAAACCACCCGCAAGAGAUUGACAUACCUCCUCAUCUUCCCCAUCAUCUUCCCUCUGUGGCUCACGCUACCCGACGUCAGGAGAGAGUCCGCCCAGAAGUUCUUCCCCAUCGCCUUCAUUGGGUCUAUAAGCUGGAUCGCUGCCUUCUCCUACCUGAUGGUGUGGUGGGCUCACCAGGUUGGAGAGACCAUGGGGAUUACAGAAGAGAUUAUGGGAUUGACUAUAUUAGCAGCUGGGACCUCAAUCCCUGACCUAAUCACCAGUGUGAUAGUGGCUCGCAAAGGUCUUGGAGACAUGGCCGUGUCAAGUUCUGUAGGGUCCAACAUAUUUGACAUCACAGUUGGGCUGCCAUUCCCCUGGUUGCUGUGGUCCAUUUUAAACGACUGGGCGGCGGUGUCAGUGAGCAGUGCUGGGCUCUUCUGCGCUAUUGUGCUGCUCUUCCUCAUGCUGCUGUUCGUCAUCAUCUCCAUCGCUUCCUGCAAGUGGAGGAUGAGCAAGCUGCUGGGUUGCCUCAUGUUCCUGCUGUACUUCGUCUUCCUCAUCGUGUCCGUCAUGCUGGAAGACAAAAUCAUCGCCUGUCCAGUGUCCAUCUGAGCGUGAGACUCCUGGCCUCCCCUACCCCCAACCAACCAUGAGACUUAACAAUAUACACGCUAUGUGCACGUACAUGCAUGUGCUGACAUCAACAUCUUACUGUGGAUGCCACUGCAGCCGUCUUCUAUUCUUUCGUACCAAAACACGAAGACACCGCUCUCCCGUUCGCCGUCCCCUAACAUGGGGUUAGGUCCACAGGAAAUCAAGAGCAGACACAAAACCUAAAUAAAACAUCAGAGUUAAAACGAUACAGCUCUGAGUGGUCUACAUAGAAAUGCCCAUAUAUAGUUUUUCAUCAAGUGAUACUGGUGGAAUUGUCUUUGGAGAUGAAAAAGAGAGACUGCUGACUGCUUUUUCCCAGCUCAGGACAUAAAAGCAGCCAUUGCAGACUGGCCCAGUCAGUCCAAAAUGCUGCUGCUGCUGCUGCUGCUGCUGCUGUGAUCUGGAGCAGGAGCACAUAGAAUAACUGAACUAUGGUGAGACCAGAAUUCUGAAGACACAAAGACAUGAGGACACGAUGCUACAGUGAUGCAGGAGCAAGUGAUGGCAGUGUUGAGCCCAGAAGGACAACCCAGUCUAAAAGAGGAGAAAGAGAGCAUCUUUGUCUUAGGAGGCGUAAGGCAUGUCCUCAGAAACUGUAUAUUAGUGCUGACAAUGCCAGUCAAAGCAAUAUAUCUAUCUAUUAAUGUGUAUUUACUGUCAAUUAUAUGUAUAUUUAUAACAAUCCAAUUGGAAACAGAAGCAAAUCCAACCAGAAGCCUUUUGUCGCAACAAUGAAUGUAAAAUCUCACACUUGGUUUUCAGCGCUCGCUUGGCGACUACAUUUGCUUCGUGUCAUGGUUUGGUGUUGAUCAGUCACUUGGAUGUUUGUUUGUUUGUUUGUUUGUUUGCUUGAGUGUUUUAUUUGUUUGCAUCAAAUUUUAAUAUCCAUUAACCAAUGGCCACAAGCCAUAUUAAGAAUAGUACUUGGAUUUGUAGUUAUGUAUCUAAUGAAGCCACCUGUUGUUUCAGACUGUGACAGGAACACACUCAGACACAUUCACACAAACAUGCACAAAAUGUAAGCAAGCAUACAGGUGGAAACUGGUGGAAUCAUUUCAUAAAAAAGUGUUUUAAUGUAAUAAUAUAUGGCAGUCCAUCCUGUUCACAUUCCAGAUUAAGUUUUGUAUCCGUAGACUCAAAUGAAUGAUCAUUAUCAAAACCAGUGUUCCCAAUGGCCGCUCAUAUAGCACUUAAUCAUGUCAAUUAUGUAAUUAUGGGUUUUUAGGUUCACAUAUCAAAUGCAUAUGUUUCUUAUAUCACAUUGAAACUACAUAAUUUGUUAUUAAAAUGUAGGGAGCUCUUUCAGUAUGCACACUUAUACAUAGAGUAGUUAUCGGUCUCAAGCAGUAUUCUCCAAACUGUCAUCGCAGCUUGUAUCCCUAGGCACAAUGAUGAACAAAGCUCAUAUAUAUGUGAUAUAGCGUGUAUGAUGUAUAAAUUGGCCUGUGCAGUGCACUGCACCUUGCAUGAAAUAUGCUCUUUUUCAAUCGUUCAAUGUGUUUGUGUUCAACUGCUAUGCAAUACAAACUCACAAUACAAACUGCAAUACUGCUAUGCAGUUGAACUGGGUACCCAUGAGCACAUUCCAUGUUUUUUUGCAGAUCUUGAUGUAAGCAUUUCAGCUACCAUCACCUUUGCAGUCCAAUUCUGAGUGUUUUAUAGAUAAGGGAACAUGUAUAUUUUAUCCAUUUCAGUUGUACAUUUGACUUGACCAAUACUGAAAAUAAACUGAAUUCUAAAGAGA